CACCCAGCAACAGUGUCUUUAGUGGCUGGCAUGCUUGGCGUGCCUUAUCUCAGUUUCUCUUCUCUCCAGCUCUCUCACCUCCUCCUCCUCCUCCUCCCCCUCUCUCAUCCAAAACCCAAUCCGGAAAAUCUUCAGCUCUAAAACCCUAAAGAACCGAGACCCUCUCAAUUAUCUGAUAAUUCUACAAGAGACGGAGUCGAGGACAUCUGCACCGGAUAUGGCGUCAUACGGCUCAAACUCACCAGGUUCUUCGUCGUUCUCUUCCUCCCCUUUAUCUUCUCCUGAUAAUAGUAUUGUUUCUUCGGUGAAUGAAAAUGGUUUGGUGGCGGAUAAUGUUAAAGAUAGUAGUAGUAGCAGCAGCAGCAGUGACGAUGGGUUUAUGAGCGGUGAGGAUGAGUUCGAACCGGCGUCGGAUAGGCCAAUUGUGGCGGUUCCCGACGAAGAAACCGAGGAAAAUCUUGCUGCGGGGGAUGUUUCGUAUUCCCCCUUUGCGAGUUCUUCGGAGCAAUUGAUGGCCGCGACGGUUAUGCCGAUUGCGAGGGUGUCGGAAGAUGAUGAUUUUGAGGAUGAAAUGGGAGAGGUUCCAGAUAUUGGCGAUUUGAAGGAGGAUGAUGAGGGGGCAAAUGAGAGUGUCGAUAAAGGAACAGAGGAUGUUGGAGGAGGGGAUUAUGGAGAGGAUGAGGUUGUGGUGGAAAUGAAUGAAAGCGCCAAUUCAGGUGAAAGUGGGCAUGAGAAGGUGGAGCUAGGAGAAAAUGACUUGGAGGCUAAGAAGGUUGUAGAGGAACAGAAAGGCGCGGUUCCUGAGGAACCUGUUGUUGUGGUCGAGACUGAAGAAGCUAGGGAGGCAGUUGAAAAGAUUUCAAUGCCUGGUGGUGGAAUUGAACGGGAGGAUCCUGCAGUUGGAGAGCCAACUGAGUUAGAGGACUCAAAAUUAACAAAAGGAGGAGACCAUGUUACGGAGUCCAUACAACGGGUUUUAGUGGAGUCAACAGCUGUUGUUGUUGGGGAUGUGGCAGAAUCUAAGGAGACUGAAGUUAAGGGGUUCAAUGUUCCUGCUCAAAAGGAUGUGAGCUUGGACAAUGGGUUUGAUCAUGUUAACCAUGAUGUGGAGGAACACAUUGAUUCGAGUAUUGUGCAUGAUGGAAAUGUCGAACAUGUAGCCAGCAAUGAUGUUGAAACACCGGAAGUUAAUCCUAGUGGAGUGAAAAUUGAUCUUGUGAUGAAAGAUAAUGGUUCCAAUGCCAAUGUGGUUAAGACUGAUUCAGUUGCUGAAGGUCAUGAUGGGGAAGAAAUGGAAGCUCAUGUUUCUGUUGGUAGCAAAGAGGAGAAACCAAUGGCAGAAGUUGUGGCUGAAGCUGAUUAUGAAGCUGAAUUUAAUGGAUCGAAAGUGGAGGCCUGUGUGGAGGUGGCAGCAGAAACUGUCUCUAGUGACAAAGUGGACGAAGAGGGUGGAGGGGCAACUCAGCUGGAGGAAAAUUUUGCUCAAUCUCCGGGAGCUACUGUAGCUGGUGAGCAAGGACAUGUUGAGAAUGAUAGGACAUUUUUGACUGUGAAGGAAGAGAAGUUAGAGAAUGAGGUACUAAGUAAAUUAGAUUCAAAUGCAGUAGAAAAAAGGAGUGUAACUUCCACUGGGGAAUUUGGUGAAGCAGAUGAGGAAAAACCUCAGGUAGAGGGAGAAGGUGAGAUCGAAGGCUCAUCAACGGAUGAGGAGACUGAAGGUAUGAUAUUUGGAAGUUCUGAAGCUGCGAAACAGUUUCUGGAGGAGUUGGAACAAGGCUCAGGUGUUGGUUCUCACUCGGGUGCAGAAAGCUAUCAUGACCAGUCUCAUAGACUUGAUGGCCAGAUUGUCACUGACUCAGAUGAAGAAGCAGAUACUGAUGAAGAGGGGGAGGGCAAGGAGUUGUUCGACUCUGCUACAUUGGCAGCUCUCCUAAAAGCAGCAACAGCUGCUGGCUCAGAUGGUGGAAGUGUCACUAUAACCUCACAAGACGGGUCUCGGCUUUUCUCUGUUGAUCGUCCUGCUGGUCUGGGAUCCCCACUGCAGUCUGUGAAGCCUGCAUCACGAUCAGUCCGUCCUAGUAUCUUUGCUCACUCAAAUCUCAUACCUGGGGGAGACUCAGAGACUAACUUGAGUGAGGCAGAGAGAAAGAAAUUGGAGAUGUUACAGCAGUUAAGAGUAAAAUUCUUGAGGCUAGUUCAAAGACUAGGACAUUCUCCAGAAGAUUCUAUAGCAGCACAGGUUCUCUACCGUUUGGCACUUGUUGCGGGCAGACAAACUAGUCAACUUUUUAGUCUUGAUUCUGCAAAGAAAGAAGCCCUACAGCUUGAAGCUGAGGGGAAGGAUGAUUUGAACUUUUCGCUGAACAUACUAGUUCUUGGCAAAACUGGGGUGGGCAAGAGUGCUACAAUUAAUUCUAUUUUUGGGGAAGAGAAGUCCCUGAUCCAUGCAUUUGAACCUGCCACCUCAGCUGUGAGAGAAGUAACAGGAACAGUUAACGGAGUCAAAAUUAGGGUCAUUGAUACCCCCGGUCUGAAAUCUUCUGCUCUGGAACAAGGUGCCAACCGCAAGAUCUUAUCUUCCAUUAAGAAGUUUACUAAGAACUUUCCUCCAGAUAUUGUACUCUAUGUUGAUCGAUUGGACACCCAAACCAGGGAUCUGAAUGAUCUACCUCUGUUAAGAUCAAUAGCUAGUACUCUUGGUUCUCCCAUUUGGCGAAAUGCGAUAGUCACCUUGACCCAUGCUGCUUCUGCACCUCCAGAUGGGCCAUCUGGCUCGCCUUUGAGUUAUGAGGUGUUUGUAGCCCAGCGUUCCCAUGUUGUUCAACAGUCUAUCGGGCAAGCAGUUGGUGAUCUGCGUCUGAUGAAUCCCAGUUUGAUGAACCCAGUUUCUCUUGUUGAGAAUCAUCCUUCCUGUAGGAAGAACAGAGAUGGAGAGAAGGUGCUCCCUAAUGGUCAGUGUUGGAGACCUCAGUUAUUGUUGUUAUGCUACUCUAUGAAGAUUUUGUCUGAGGCAAGUUCUCUCUCAAAAACUCAGGAUCCAUUUGACCAUCGGAAGCUCUUUGGGUUCCGUGUUCGUUCACCGCCUCUUCCAUACCUGUUGUCUUGGCUGUUGCAGUCUCGUACGCACCCAAAACUCUCUGCUGAUCAGGGUGGUGAGAAUGGUGAUUCUGAUAUUGAGUUGGACGAAAUGUCUGAUUCUGAUCAAGAAGAUGUGGAAGACGAGUAUGACCAACUCCCACCAUUUAAGCCUCUUAGGAAAACCCAGCUUUCUAAGCUUAGCAAAGAACAAAGGAAGGCAUAUUUUGAAGAGUAUGAUUAUCGGGUGAAGCUCCUUCAGAAGAAGCAGUGGAGGGAGGAGUUGAGGAGAAUGAGAGAGAUCAAGAAGAAAGGAAAGGUCGCUCUAGAUGAAUAUGGUUUCACAGGGGAAGACAUGGAUCAGGAAGAUGGAGCUCCGGCUGCUGUGCCAGUGCCAUUACCUGACAUGGUUCUGCCACCUUCAUUUGAUGGUGAUAAUCCAGCUUACAGAUACCGGUUUUUAGAGCCAACUUCCCAGUUUCUGGCAAGGCCAGUUUUGGACACUCAUGGUUGGGACCAUGAUUGUGGGUAUGAUGGUAUCAAUAUUGAACAUAGUUUAAGUAUAGCUAGCCGGUUCCCAGCGGCAGUUGCUGUUCAAGUCACAAAGGAUAAGAAGGAAUUCAGUAUCCAUUUGGAUUCCUCAGUUGCUGCCAAAUAUGGGGAAAAUGGAUCAAAUAUGGCAGGUUUUGACAUCCAAAAUGUUGGUAAGCAACUUGCUUACAUAGUCAGGGGAGAGACCAAAUUCAAAAAUUUCAAGAAGAACAAGACAGCUGCUGGAGUGUCUGUUACAUUCUUGGGUGAAAAUGUGGCUGCUGGAGUCAAAGUUGAGGAUCAGAUUGUACUUGGGAAACGUUUGGUCUUGGUAGGCAGCACUGGAACUGUUCGAUCUCAAGGUGAUGCAGCAUAUGGAGCCAAUUUGGAAGUUCGGCUCAGAGAGGCAGACUUUCCAAUAGGCCAGGACCAGUCGUCUCUGGGCUUAUCCCUGGUGAAGUGGAGAGGUGACUUGGCUCUUGGCGCCAACCUUCAGUCUCAGUUUUCCAUUGGACGGAAUUCGAAAAUAGCGGUUCGUGCAGGAUUGAACAACAAGCUCAGUGGACAGAUCACUGUCCGAACUAGUAGCUCAGACCAGCUUCAGAUUGCUUUGCUGGGUAUUCUUCCAGUUGCCAUGGCAAUCUACAAAAGCAUCCGGCCUUCGGUUAGUGAGAAUUACUCUAUGUACUAGAUGCGGAUAACAUUUUUUGUUCCUCUGUUUAGGUGCGAAGAAUCAGUUUAUGUUUUCAACUGUUGUCGUUUGUCCUUCUUCAAUAAUGUUUAAAUUUGUAUGAGCUAGAACUUGUUUUUAUGGAUCCAAUUAUAUUAAUUUUUUUGAGAUAAUUUCAUGCGGGAAAUCUGUUAUUUCGCCA